UUCCGGGUGGGGGGUGGCCCUGGCGGGCGGGUCCCGCGGCCGAGGCGGUGAUGGCGAGAGCGCGGCGGUGAAGGAGGGCACUGGGGCUGGGGCCGCGCCGGGUACUGACGGGGCUCUCCCUCCCCCCAGGACGGCGCGGGAGCAGCGUGGCCUUGCCCUUUUCCUGAGGCGGGCCGGGGCUAUGCGAGGGCCGCGGUGCUGCCUUCCCUAGGCCCGGGCCCGGCGGGGAAAGGCGAGCAGGGCCUGAUGCGGGAGUACAAGGUGGUGGUGCUGGGCAGCGGGGGGGUGGGGAAGUCCGCCCUGACGGUGCAGUUCGUCACCGGGACCUUCAUCGAGAAGUACGACCCCACCAUCGAGGACUUCUACCGCAAGGAGAUUGAGGUGGACUCGUCCCCCUCGGUGCUGGAGAUCCUGGACACGGCCGGCACUGAGCAGUUCGCCUCCAUGCGCGACCUCUACAUCAAGAACGGGCAGGGAUUCAUCCUCGUCUACAGCCUGGUCAACCAGCAGUCCUUCCAGGACAUCAAGCCAAUGAGGGACCAGAUUGUCCGGGUGAAGAGAUACGAGAAAGUUCCUCUGAUCCUAGUGGGGAAUAAAGUGGAUCUGGAGUCAGAGAGAGAGGUCUUAUCUGCAGAAGGCAGAGCCCUGGCUCAGGAGUGGGGCUGUCCCUUCAUGGAGACGUCAGCCAAGAGCAAAACAAUGGUGGAUGAACUGUUUGCUGAGAUCGUCAGGCAAAUGAACUAUGCCUCCCUGCCUGAAAAACAAGAUCAAUGUUGUACAACUUGCAUCAUCCAGUGAGAGAAAUUAAGAAAAACCUCAACCACGGCCAUACAGAGCAGAUAAAACUCAGAGGAAACUUGCACAGAUGCUGCUUUGGAGAACUUUCAGCCCAGGUUGCAGAGCUGAGCCUUGGUAAACCUGUCUCUAUCACAGCACAUUGCCAUACAUCUAAGUGCAUAAGGUUGGUGGUCUCCAGGAUCCACACACCUUAAUCAGAAUGCUUAGCAUGUUUACCAUAAGUUUUAAAAUCUGUCGUUUAUCUAUCAGUCAUUUUAUAGCUUUCUAGGUUCAUAUAAUGGCUAAUAUGCAAAAGUUCAUUUUUAAUAUUUUAAUUGAUUUCUUUAAUCAAUUUCUGAACUUGUAUUUAUUAAAUACUUAAACUCAGUAUUACCUACUCAAUGCCUUUUGAAAGAAGAGAGUUUUAAUGGAGAAUAAAUUGAGCCUUAAACAAAUGGUUACUUCUGUAUAUUACCUCGCAUCAGUGCUUAUUUCUAUUUGCAAGGUUUUCUCUACAAUGUAGUUGGUCAUUUGAGACUUUUUGUUUACGUGUGACAGUGUCAUGAAAAGAUACUGAAGGCACCUCUGUUGUAUGGAUGUAGUAUCCCUUUUCUUGGCAAAUGCAGCUGUGACAAUGUGUUUGUAACCAGUCUGAUUUGACAGUUUGGAAUAAGAUGUAAAGUCUCAGCUGAUGUUUCUCACAGUCUCGGGUUUCUUAAUCAAAAAUGACAAUUGUAGCAUUGAAAAAUGGCAGCACACUUUUCCUUCUACUGAGUUUCUAAACUUGCUUGUUUACAAAUAGCUUCUCUAUGCCUUUGAAAAGGGAUAAUGUAUCCUUCAAAAUGGGCUCUAUGCCUACCUGUCAGCUCAGCUUUGCCUGGCGCAGUAAGAGACAUCUAGUAGACCUCUGCAGAUGAAAAUCUAAUGCAAAUAAGAUCACUUUACAUUUUAUAGUUCUAAUAUUUGUCUUUCUGAAUAAUAUUUUAAAGCAAUAUUUGUUAAAGUUUUUCUUGCACUGUCACAAGUUGCUUUUUAGUUUUUUUUUUCCCCAAUGAGCAAGGUUAAUAUUAGAGACAAGUUGGUGUAACAAGGGGAAAACCACCAGGUUUCAGUGAUACUAACUGCAAGUGUGCUUUAAACAGCCAUUGCCUUCCUUAUUGUUUACCUGAUCAACAUUUUCUCUGAAUACUUGAAAAUUUUGACAAUAACACAGGUAUAAAGAGCAGAAUGAAAAUGUACAAAGAACAGACGAAAUCUUUUUGUUCACUUUUAUUAAUGUGUUGCAUACAUGAGAGCUUUUUCUAGCAGUGGUUUAAAAUGUGUAUUUUUUUUUUGCAGAAAUUUAAUAACUGCAGCUCACCUACUGCACCAAAGUUCUAGGUUUUUAGGAGCCCAGCUUUAGUCAUUUGAACAUGCUUCUAGAAAUGUACAUUCUUUCCCUGUAAUAGCUAAAUAUCGAUGAGAAAAGCUCCAGUAAAAGCAGUGAUGGAUAUAUGAAGUUAAAACUCAAAAAUUGUAUUGUGGAUGAUGGCAUUUAAAACAAUAAAAGAUCACCGGUACAGUAUCUCAAUAUUAAUGUGGAUUUUUGGUAGUAAUGCAGGCUGACUUUACAAUAUUAGCAGAAAUAAAGAUUCUGUGUCUACAUUCAGUGUUGAAUUUGAAUCCUGAAAAGAGGAGGACACCAAGAUUUCUGCCUGGUUAUUGAAACACCUGAUUUUUUUCUGUGGGGUUACUUGAAUUUUUUUUCCUGUUUGUACAAACUUUAUAAACAGGCUAAGGCUAAUACUUAGGUUUGCACUUUAAUAUCAGAACUAAACCAAACCUUGUAUUCAAAGUAGAUUUUUUUUUUUUUAAAGUGAUGGUUGUUGAUCUUUUUUGUAGGUUGUAAGGAAGUAAUAGGAUAUGAAAGUAAUUCAUAAAGAUUCUAGUUUUCCUUUGUCUAAGAAGGAAAAAUUUGGUUGAUAUUGAUCAGUGGUUCAUUCCUAGGGGUAGUUUUCAAAGCAGUGUUCAUUUUCAUUGACCUCAGCAAAAAAAAAAAAAAAGAAAAAAGAAAAAAACAAAGAAACAAAAACAAAACAAAACAACCAAAAAACCCCCAAAACAAAACAAAAAACAAACCUUAAACUUGAACUAGCUUAGAGUGACAGGACUGGGAAAAUGAGAGAUGGUUUCGUCAGCACACUCUGGGGGGGAAAAGGGACCAAAAGUUUAUUUAGGCUUCCUCAAUAGUUUGCAUGUGAAGUUGCUCAUUAGAGUAAAAGGCUAAUAAUAAAUGCAAUAUGUAUUGUCUUUACUAUGGCAUCUGUUUAGGAGUUGUUCAAAUCACUGCAGUAGGGCUCUACAAAUAAAAAUGUAACCUAACAUCUUGUAUCUAAUGUACUGUAUCUUUAUCAGUCAUAGGUGAAAUCCUGAAUAACAAGUGCAAAAAUGGAACAAUUACCUAUAAUGCUUUGUAAAAAGAUUUUUCCAGUAGAAUUCAUUCUUGUCAUUUUGUAAGACAACCCUACAGUCCACCUGUUUGUAACUUUUUUAAUAAAAUAGAUACCUGUAUUACCAAA